AUGGCCGCAGAGUUUAUAGGCUACAAUGUGCUUGUGACUUUGCAAGAACCGCCUGGUGGGAGGCUCCAAGGUCAAGUCGCUGACGUCGUGGGUCGGAAUCUCAUGCUUCACAAUGUCACGCUCUUGUGGAAUGGCCAGCAUUUUCCUUCCUUUACCAUCGAUGCCUCUGGGAUCACGGAUCUGUCGCUACAAUCGAGUACUCCACCUCUCCAGAAAAUGCCUUCGCUUCAACAUCUCCCUCAACCUACGGCUCCUCUUUCCAAUGCACGUCUUCAACAGCAGUUUGUAGACCCUGCUAUCCUGAGCUAUUCCAAAACUACCUCAACGCCAACCCACACAAUGGCCCAGUCUCAAUCAGCUUCACAGUCAACUCGCCAAGCAGCUGCUCCGACUACAGCUUCGCUGACGGAGCCUUUCAGUAACCUUGAGUUGACCCCGGGGACAAGCAGCGGUAGUGUCGGGGACCAGAAGGUCCCGCCCGCACAAAGCGUGAAUCCCUCCAAGCAAGCUUCGCGACGCAAUCGCAGGGGCAAUGAUGGAUAUGUGGGCAAGCACGGUGUUGCAGCGAGUACCAAUCCAAAGAGCAAGGGCUGGCGCCAGACAGCCUUUGUGGAAUCAGUUGGUCGCGCAGCCGAUAUCUCCCCGGAGCAUCCCAGCAAGUCAGCCGCAACGCUCCGCAAGAAGACACGCCGCUCCUACGCGGAAGAUCUUAGUGGAUGGGCCACAGAGGAGGCAACCGACAUCCAAGAACUGGGUGAAUUUGACUUUCAAAGCAAUCUUUCGAAAUUCGACAAGCGCCGAGUAUUCGAGGAGAUCCGAAACGAUGACACUACUGCUGACGAGGCUCGCCUGGUAAGCUUCAACCGAAAGCCUAAGCCUGGAACCAAUGGUGGCAAGAACCUUCACUGGUCUGAAAAUGUCCUUGAUAGUCCCCAGAACAGUGAUACUGCUGAAGAGUUGGAAGCAAUCAGUGAUGCCCGUCACAGCGGUGAAAAUGUCUCUGGGCGUGGUCGAUCCAGAGUACCUGCACGGACCACUCGCAAGAAUAGCUCCAUAUUGAUGCAGAUCAAUACCCUGGGGCGUGGACAAUUGAACGCCUCACGUACCACAAGUCCUCGCCAUGCUCGGUCGUCCGUCUCGCCUAUAGUUGGUACGAAUCCACCUGUGGCUUCAUUACGCCUUGCGACUACAAACCGCAGUUGCCCGACGGUAAGUCCCCUGCAAACUCUCGAGGUUGAGCAGAUUGCAGUGGCUGAGUUCGGACUUACGGACGAUAUUCUCACGGAGAAUGCGGGACGUGGAAUCGCUGAAGGGGCUGUCUAUCUCCUCUCCAGCGAUACUGCUGCGCCUACUAUUCUCCUUCUGACUGGUAACCAUCGUACGGGGGCACGGGCUAUCUCUGCGGCACGUCAUCUGAGAAACCGUGGUCACCGGGUCACUGUUUGUCUUCUCGGGGGCGAUUCAGCAGCCGAGCUACUCGAGAAUUGUCGCAAGCAGUUGGAUAUCUUCAAGAAGAGCGGAGGACGUGUGAUGAAAUGGGAAGAUGUUUCUGCUCGACUCUCGACCUCUGAUCCUACCGUCAGCCCUGAUUUGAUUAUCGACGCUCUCUUCGGCAUGCACCUUGCUUUUGAUGACCUCCGAACCGACGAUCAAGGUGUUGCUUUUGAGAUGAUUUCCUGGAUGAACCGGAGCACCAUCAAUGUUCUCUCGGUUGAUAUUCCUCGGGAAUGUGAUGUCACUCUAGUUGAGGGAGCCCGUCUCUGUGUAGAUGCCUCGUCGGUUGUCUGCCUUGGUGCUCCAAAAACAGGUGUUCUCAAUGCUCUCACCUCUGGUGAAGGUGACUCGUGGAGUGUGACCGUUGCAGACAUUGGUAUUCCCCAAAUUGUUUGGCGCAAAUAUGGCACGCGUCGUCGCCAUGGUAUCGACUUUGGCAAUCGCUGGGUGGUUCCGCUGCGUUUUCAAGCUUCGAUGACUUGA